CAAUAUUGUUAUUGGAAGCAGCACAUAACAGAGUAAUCUUGAUCGGAUAUGUUAGUAAACCUUUACGACUGGUUAGAUACUAUACCGUUUUCUAGGCCUAAAAAAAAUUUUGCCCGGGAUUUUUCUGAUGGAAUUCUCGCUGCUGAACUUAUUAAAUACUUUUUUCCUUCAAUGGUAGAGAUGCAUAAUUAUCCUACUACGAAUUCGGUCGAGCAGAAACGUAUCAACUGGGCAACAUUGAACCAGAAAGUACUGAGGAAACUUGAUUUUCCUCUUUCAGAUGUUACAAUAAGUGACUUGGCAAAUGCAAAGAGAGAAACAACAGAAUAUGUCUUAAGUACUUUAAGGGGUAAAAUAGAUUCUUACAUGAAGAGAAAAGCAGAAGUCUUCAAGAAGAAGAAAGAAGCAACAGAACACAUUCCGAAAAGCUUUUUUGAAGAUUCCUUACUGGGAGAAAAUACAACUAAGAAACUUACAAGUAUUCAAAUGGAAGAAUUUGCUUCGCAAAUCAGUGCAAACACAGAAAAAGCUAAAAGUAAAGAACUAUGGACACUUUGUAAUGCAGAUUUAGAGUACGUCCCAAGAGACCUUUAUGAGCAGAAAGUGCAAGAACUUUUGGAAAGAGAAGAAACAAUUCAAAUUUUAAAAGCAAGAGUUCAACGACUGCAAAAUACUCUUAACUUAAAAAAUGUAACUAUACAACGACAGCAGCAAUUGUUAGAAAGACUGAAACCAUCGGAAGACAGAAAUGACGGUAGGAGAAUUCCACAGGAAAAUCACUCAAAAAAUAAAAUAAAAUAAAUAUAUCAAAAAUGCCUUUACUUCCCUUCUAAAUAUUAUUAAAAGUUUUA